AUGCUCAAUCACGGAACCAGAUCCGAAGCUUCCGCACUUCCCCGGUAUCAGUUCCGCUGGCCACCCCGGAAUUCCUUCCUUCUCCUACUUUCCCCCGGGCAAGUCACCCAACGCGUUUCUUUUCCACCCUCUAUCCGCUCAGCAGAUGACUCCGCAGCGCCCCACAAACGGCGCAAAAUCGCCAUCGCAUGCGACGAAUGCCGGGCCCGAAGGACUCGAUGCGAUGGCAUUCAUCCCGUAUGCGGACCGUGUAUAAAAAGGGUAAAUCGAGGGGCCCAGUGUGUCUUUUCCGGAGAAAAAAAGCGAGCUACGCAAGACUAUAUCAAAGAUCUAGAGAACCGGCUGAAGCUUCACGAAAGUCCUAGCGAGUGUGGGGAUGGCGUCAACGCGAUGAUGGGCGAGGUGGAGGAAGAGCGCCCAACACAAGGCUUCUUUGGCAGCUCCAGCGCUGCCAGCUUCAUCCGACAGAUCAGAACGGCCAUUGACCAGAGGGUGCUGUCGCCCUAUCGUCAAACAUCAGACUCAGUCCUUGGUGUUACAUCGCCGUCCGGUAUCAUGUCCUCGAGAAAAGAACGAUCAUCAGGGUUUUCCAACUACGUUCUUCCACCCCGAAAGACAGCUGAUAGCCUCAUGGAAAUAUACUGGACUUUUGUGUUCCCUCUCUACCCGCUCGUCGAUAGUAUUACUCUGCGAGACGAAUACGCCAGAUUAUGGACUGGGGAGUCUUCUCACUCGGAUGAGAACAUGCUGAUGUGUACUUUCAAUGUGAUCUUUGCUCUAGCCUGUCAGCUAGCCGACUUUAUCCCUCCGGAGGAGCGAGAGGCGUCGGCUGAUACAUUUUUCUCCCGUGCAAAAGACCUUCUCCAAUUCAGUCUCUGGAAUACAGGGUCCGCGGGGUUGAUUCAAUGUUUACUACUCAUGGCCCAAUAUCUUCAGAGCACAGAUUCGGCUCACCAAUGUUGGAUUGUCACUGGAUUAGCCAUUCGGAAUGCGCAGAGCUUGGGACUACAUCUUUCACAGACCAGUGCUCGACUACAGAACCCCCAGGAGAAGCAGCUUGCUCGCAAAAUAUGGCACGGAUGUGUGUUGAUGGACCGAGUGAUUUCCAUGACCUUCGGGCGCCCCUCAAUGAUCUCCAAAGCUGCAGGAGGCUCUGUACCACUGCCAGCCGCUGUGGACGAAGAGUACAUACCCUCCGCCUCAGGUACUGACGUUGGCCAACCAGCCGACCGUCCCUCCGUGAUGGCAUUCUACGCGAAAUCUCUAGAACUCUACGAGAUCAUGAACGACAUCCUCCUCAGUUUCUACAACCCUAAUCCUGAUGAAAAUCCUGAAGACGUGUAUGACUUCUACUUCGACAAGCAAACCGAGGGGGAGUAUACCAUAUUCGAGUUGGACCGAGCGCUGACAAAGUGGUCUCGAAACCUGCCGGAGCACUUACGAGGCGACGUCUCUCACGCAUACGGCGACAACGUGUUUUACCAUCAGAGCAUUGUCCUGCGCGCACGUUUCCUUCACGUCCGCAUGCUGCUUUUCCGACCCAUCCUAUCCAAGUACUGCACUGCUCGAGAUAUCGGGGUCUCCGACCCCCUCACCUCUCUGCAAGACUCAUUCCCGCAGCGGAUCGCCCUUCAAUGCUCCACCAUCUGCGUCAAGGUAGCGCAGGAGGUCAUCGGCCUGAUCUACGGGCACAUUCCCGCCGACGCAACAGCCGGCCCGCUUCCUGCAUGGUGGUAUAAUAUUCUCUACGUCUACACAGCCGCCACCGUCCUCAUCGCUGGGCGCCUCUGCCCCGCCAUCCUCGAGGAAGUCACCGAGCCCGCCAUCGGCCAAUCCUGGCACCACGCUCUGGAGAUCCUUCGCAAGUACCACAGCUACAGCACCUCUGCACGCCGGUGCGUCGCGGCUCUGGAGAUCUUGUACGAGCGCGUCGUGUCGGAGGGUAGCCCGACGGGUCAGGAGCAGUCCGCCCAGAAUCUCCCGAUGGGGACGACCGGGUCGAAUGGGUUAGGGGAUUUGUCGCUCGGAGAGGGGGUGAACUCUGCGUUUCUGGAGGGAGUUGAUAUGCUGGAUUUCCAAGAUAUGUCGUGGUUAAACAGUGUGCCGAGUAGUCUGUUUUGA